UGGGGGGCCCUGGCAGGAAUUGGCUCUGAGAGGCCUUGCUCUUCCUCAGGGCACUUCCUGGCCCUGCAGAGGGCCUGGGGACAGCUCGCGGCAGAGGCCCGGGUCCUCACACCUCCCCUGGGUCCCUCGGGCCCCCGCUGUGAGCUCCACAUGGCUUACUAUUUCCAGAGUCACCCCCAAGAGGUCUCCUGUAACUUCGAGCGGGACACGUGCGGCUGGUACACCGGCCACCUCACCGAUGCCCACUGGCGCCGGAUCCAGAGCCACGGCCCCGGGUAUGACCACACCACAGGCCGAGGCUACUUCUUGCUCCUGGACCCCACGGACCCCCCAGCCCGGGGCCCUGGUGCCCACCUGCUCACCCAGCCCCAGGUGCCCACAGCUCCUCAGGAGUGCCUCUCCUUCUGGUAUCACCUCCACGGGCCCCAGAUCGGGACACUGCGCCUGGUGCUGAGGCGGGAAGGAGAGGCAGACACGCUCCUGUGGUCUCGGACCGGCACCCACGGCAACCACUGGCACGAGGCCUGGGCCACCCUCCACCACCAGCCGGGCUCUGGCACCAAGUACCAACUGCUGUUCGAGGGCUCCCGGGACGGCUACCACGGCACGAUGGGCCUGGACGACGUGGCCCUGCGGCCCGGGCCCUGCUGGGCCCCCAGGCGGUGCUCCUUCGAGGACUCAGCCUGUGGCUUCUCCAGCGGGGGCCAAGGCCUCUGGACGCGCCAGCCCAAUGCCACGGGCCACGCCGCCUGGGGCCCCCGCGCUGACCACACCACGGGGACGGCUCAAGGGCACUACAUGGUGGUGGACACGAGCCCCCAGGCCCUGCCCCCUGGCCACGUGGCCUCCCUGACCUCAGAGGAGCACCAGCCUCUGGCCCGGCCUGCCUGCCUGACCUUCUGGUACCACCUGAGCCUCAGAAACCCAGGCGCCCUGCAGGUCCACGUGGGGGAGGCCGAGAGGCAGCAGGUGCUCAGCAUCAGUGCCCACGGAGGGUCCGCCUGGCGCCUGGGGAGUGUGGACGUGCAGGCCGAGAGGGCCUGGAGGGUGGUGUUCGAGGCGGUAGCCGCCGGCGUGGAGCACUCCUAUAUCGCGCUGGACGACCUGCUCCUCCAGGACGGGCCCUGCCCUCGGCCAGCUUCCUGUGACUUUGAGGCUGGCCUGUGUGGCUGGAGUCAUCUGGCCUGGCCUGGCCUGGGAGGGUACAGCUGGGACUGGAGCAGUGGGGCCGCACCUUCCCGCUACCCCCAGCCCCUGGCGGAUCACACUCUGGGCACAGAGACAGGACACUUCGUGCUCUUUGAAACCCACAUGCUGGGCCCGGGGGGCCAGGCGGCCUGGCUGCACAGCCAGCCUCUGCCCGCCACCGAGGCCUCCUGCCUCCGCUUCUGGUACCACAUGGGCUUCCCGGAGCACUUCUACAAGGGCCAGCUGCGGGUGCUCCUGAACAGCGCCCGGGGCCAGCUGGCCGUGUGGAGCAUGGGCGGGCGCCUGCGGCACCGGUGGCUGCUGGGCCAGGUGGAGGUGGCCAGCGCAGAGGAGUUCCAGAUCGUGUUUGAAGCCACUCUGAGCGGCCAGCCAGCCGUGGGGCCCAUCGCCCUGGACGACGUCGAGUAUCUGGACGGACGGCACUGCCAGCUGCCUGCACCCGGCCGGGGGGACACGGUAGUGGCCACAUCGGUGCCGGCUGCGGUCGGCGGUGCCCUCGUCGUCCUUGUCCUCCUCGUCCUGCUAGGACUGGCAGGACGACGCUGGCUGCAGAAGGGGGGCUGCCCGUCGCGGGGCGAGACAGCGGCUGUGGCCCCCGGCUUUGACAACAUCGUCUUCAAUGCGGACGGUGUCACCCUGCCGGCCUCGCUCACCGACAGCCAAUAGAUGACACAGAGAAGACUCUGGCUCCUCACAAGAGGGUCGCCCCCUGCCCCCUUCCCCCAAUCCCUGGCAGACAGAGCCCAAGGAACAACCCCUGCCCCUCCCCCAGGACGCACUGAGCCCCCACGCGGUCACCCAGCACCGAGACUGUCACCCACGUACCUGGGUACGGUCCUCACCCCGACAAUAAACGCCCUGGCCCCCGAGGGCAGCCCCGA